ACGAAUUCCGUUCUCUGAUUGGCUACGCUACUCACCAUCUAUUCUGUGCAGAUAGUGGGUAUUUGGUCCCCUCGCCACCGGGGGAUUUCGCCACCAACGAACUCGCCACCAAGAGAAGUCUCCUCGCCACCAAACACCAAUAGAAAAUUAAACUAGAGUAAAGUAGUGAGGUAUAUUAGGUGUUCGAGCGACUACAAUGUCAAUCGACUCGUAAGUUUGUUAGCUUGUCUGUUUGCAAAUUUCGAUGUCAACAUGUUGUCGGUGACGUGAUACGAGAUGUGCUCCGUUGUCUAGCGAGAAACCAUAGCUUUCUAGAAUUCAACUACAUGUACAUGUCUUUGAGAACUGACUGUGCUGUUAUUGCUCAGGUGCUUCUCUGUUGCGUUUACACCUAAGUUUACAUAAGUGUUUCAUAAAAGGCUUCGGCUAAGCUAUCAAACAACUUCAACCUUACAUGGGCUGUUUGAUCCUCCAGAAGUCGUCGAGUGGAUUGUGGGCCCUAAAUAAAAAUCGCACGUGUCAGUGAAUACUGUUCACAUCCACUUCGGUGAAUAAUUACCAAAUAAUCGUUAACUAUCUAUCCUGUGGCUAGUUAUCUACUAAAUGUACCUUUCUUGUUUUGUGACAGGAUAAUUCCUUAAGAGAGUGGUCGUUUAAGAAGGCAACAGCAAUCAACACUUACAGUGCAUGCCAUCCGGUGCCAGUCCCUUUCAACCUUAUAAGCAUGCCACUUGUCGCUCUAUCCAAACUGUGUCAGCGGUGUUUCUUUAAAAGGAAGUUCUUCGAAAAACCUGGAGUUGAUGUUGAACGAAGGGAUGCAGCGUUAGAUCAAGUGGUGAUGAAACUUACGAGAACUUACUUCGCAACUUUUGGUUAUUCAUUUCCGCUUACAGACGAGCGAAGGAUGGAUCAGCUGCUACACGAAACGGACAAAAAUCGGCAGAUGGCCAAUCAGAUCAUUCGACAGCUGUUCCGACACCAAGACUGUGAACAGAGAACAUUCAACGCCAAAGCUUGCGCAUGGCAGUCGCUUGGAAUUGGGAUCGAAAAUUGCCUGUUGACCUACGAGGGUCCUGUUUCCUGUACUCUUUGUGAUACUUCAAAAACUCCCACGGAAUAUCAUGGUGCCCGGUGUCUGACACCCUUUACACGUGAAAAUCCCAGGUUGGAGGUUCUAAUUCAGGAGAGUGGUGAAAGGCGAAUUGUGGGGGUGGGUGUUGUGUACCAAGGCUACAACUGUCAUUACAUGCCCGGGUGGAUUGAUGGAACAGUCGGUUAUCAUGCUGAUGAUGGUAAAAUAUUUGAAGCACGCUGUGGCGAUAACCUGGGUAGAGAAGUUGCAGACGCGAUGGCGUACCGUGGUGAUCUCAUGGCUUGUGAAGUUGAUUUCGAUGGGGCAAAAAAUGGCGUAAUUCCCAUUGUCUUUUUCAAGAACAGCCAUGUGGUAGGACGUACUUCAAUGGAGUACAUCUCUGGACGAACGGAACUUUUCCCCUACGUCGCAAUGGGCUACAAAGGAAUUCGUGUCCUUGCAAAGAUGUGCCCACGUGCGAGCAGCGAGGCCCAGUCUUCGGCAGCCGUCCAGCACAUCACAAGGGACCCGGAUGUGUAUGAAAAACUCAAUGCAUUGAGAGAUGAAAUGAUGGCCAUGGAAAACAAGAGAAGAGAAGAGGCAAAAGAAUUCCAGGAGACUCUCCUGAAUGAGAUCGAAAAGUUAGGACGCGCGAUUCGCAGAGGAAAAAAUGGGAAAUGUGUUUAAAUUGAACUAGUGAUCGUGGACUGAUCCAGUGACUUUUUUCAUUUUCAUUUUUUUUUUUGUGCCGAUUAUAGUGUCAUUUUCCUGAGGAAAAUAUUUAUGUAAGAAAAUACCACUUUGUGUUAAACCAAUUUUUUUUAGUUCGUCUCAAACGGCAACGGAAGCAUGUAAUCUUUGAUUUUCAAAACGUCCUGCUGGUACAUAGACAACAUAGGUGAGCUAAAACAUUUCUUGAGACUAUGCUUAGGAAGGCAAACCUCUGUAAAGUUGAGAAAUAGUCAUUUAACGCAUGGAGUUAAAUUCAGAGUCAAGACUUAAACCGCAAUGAAUCGAAUGAAUUUAAAAUACAAUUAAAUUGAAUAAAGGAGUCAGUAAGUUUACAUAAAAUUCAUAAUUGCAGUAAAUUAGCAGUUGGUCUCAUCAUUUUGAUAUGUAAUUUAUAAUAAUUUGAAAUCAUCCCAUCUUUUAUUGUCAUCCCUGCCGGAUCGACCACAAGUCUCCUGUUGGCAGACAAUAUGUCGAGUCUUUUAACAGAUCAGGGUAUAAAUCAACCACUAAUGGGGUCACCGAGACACUCUUUAAAGAUGUAAUUCCUUUAACACUUUAAGCUCAACCAAAUUAACACUACAUUGCACGAAACACUAAAGCCUCUAAGCAGGCAUACAUGUAUUUUAUUCAUAUAGGUAGUCAAAUGAUUUCGAGCCAGGAGCCAUAAUGGCUCCUGUUUCGAGCGCAAUAACGAAGCGCGCGAAUUCUAAAAAU